UGGUAGGUGGUUCAGGAUGGCGUGCUUGGGUUUCCUCCUCCUCUUUCUCACCGGUGCUGUGGCCAGGGGGCAGUACGGCGUGGUCCACGUGGUGUCACAGAACUGGAGCAAGGACUACUGCAUGCUGUUCAGCUCCGACUACAUCACCCUGCCCCGGGACCUGCGCCAUGCCCCACUCCUGCCCCUGCAUGAUGGCACCACGGCACCCUGGUGCCCAGGCAAGGGCCCGUCCCACCAGGCCCAGCCCAGCUCCACCAGCCAGCGGCUUCUCCACCGGACCACUGCCAUGGUCAUGAGGGGCAACUGUAGCUUCUAUGCUAAGGGCUGGCUGGCUCAGAGCCAAGGCGCCCACGGGCUGCUCAUUGUGAGCCGGGCCAGCAGCCAACAGUGCUCAGAGGCCACCCUGACAUCCUGGAGCCCCCUCACGCCCUUGCCAGACAUCACCAUCCCCGUGGCCGUGCUCCGAUAUACCGACAUGCUUGACAUCUUCAGCCAUGCCCACGGUGGCGCUGAGGUCCGGGUGGCCUUGUAUGCGCCCCCAGAGCCCAUUCUUGACUAUAAUAUGGUGGUCAUCUUCAUCCUGGCUGUAGGCACGGUGGCUGUAGGCGGCUACUGGGCAGGCCUGACCGAGGCUGACUGGCUGCAGCGGCACCAGGCCCGAGGAGGAGGGGGGCCUGGCGGUCACAAUCAGCAGGAAGCAGGGGCUGCCCAGAGGGGACAGGAGGAAGGAGGUGAGGGCGAACCGGUGGACUUCACACCAGCCAUGAUGGGCGCAGUGGUCACCAUGUUCUGCUCCAUCAUGCUGCUCCUCUACUUCCUCUACGACUGCUUCGUCUAUGUCAUGAUUGCUAUCUUCAGCCUGGGCGCCGGCACCGGCCUCUACAGCUGCCUGGCCCCUCUGGUGCGCCACCUGCCCCUGCAGCAAUACCAGUGGCCUCUGCCUGGCCGCUGGGCCCGUCUGCAGCUGCCCCUGCUGCUGCUGGCCAGCCUGUGCAUGGUGGUGACCAUCUUUUGGGUGGCCUACCGCAAUGAGGACCGCUGGGCUUGGCUCCUACAGGACACGCUGGGUGUGACCUACUGCCUUUUCAUCCUGAGGCGUGUGCGGCUGCCUACCCUCAAGAACUGCACCUCCUUCCUGCUGGCCCUGCUAGCCUUUGAUGUCUUCUUUGUCUUCGUCACACCCCUCUUCACCAGGACUGGUGAGAGCAUCAUGGUGGAGGUAGCCUCGGGCCCGGCAGAUUCCUUGAGCCACGAGAGGCUGCCCAUGGUGCUGAAAGUGCCCCGGUUGAGUUUCUCGGCCUUGACCCUGUGUGACCAGCUCUUCUCCAUCCUUGGCUUCGGUGACAUCGUGGUCCCAGGCUUCUUGGUGGCCUACUGUCAUCGCUUUGAUGUGCAAAUGCGCUCAUGCCAGGUCUACUUCAUAGCCUGCACUGUGGCCUACGCCGUGGGCCUGCUGGUCACUUUUGUUGCCAUGGUCCUCACGCAGAUGGGCCAGCCCGCCUUGCUCUACCUGGUAUCCAGCACCCUGCUCACCAGCCUGGUUGUGGCAGCCUGCCGCCAAGAGCUCACUCUCUUCUGGACUGGCCAGGGCAGAGCCAAGACACCUGCCCGGCCUGUGGCAGGGCUCCGUGGUGCCCCUUCAGUUGGCUCCAAGCAGAAGCAGGAGAACGCAGCAGACUUGCACACAUCCAGUGAGUCUGAGGGGGCCACCAACCACUCAGCAGGCAGCUUAGACAGCGACCUUGGAGAGGAUCCUGCCGGGAUUGUCACCAUAUCUGAGGAUGAAGCCACUGGUCUGGAUGGCUACAGUGAUAGCUCUGAGGGCUGGAGCGAUGCCAGCCUGGACCCUGAUGAGCUGUUCUCUGUCUCUCCUGGGGCCUCAGAGGAGCUGAUGCCACUGGUGCCACCACCCUCAGAGCUGGGCCACACCUAUGCCCAGGUCCACAGCACCAUCCUGCCCUGGAUGGGGACCCACAAAAAGAAGGGCUUGAAGGUAAAGAAGAGCAUGUCAACCCAGGCUCCCUUGUGACCGGGCCCUGGGAAAUGUGACUCCAGAGAGGCUGGCAGGAUAUCACAGAGCAAAGCCAUGCAUGGCAAAAAGAAAUCGGGGCAUUAAAGAUAUCCCAGGUCUACCCAGUGGAGCUUUUUUGUUAGGAUGGUAAGAAAGCGGCGACCACAGAAUAAGUCUAUACAGGGCCUGGAGUGUCCUUACAACUGGCACCACCCCAAAUUGUGCAGGAGGGGGGGAAACAGGCUCAGAGAAGGCAAACGACUUGCACAAAGUUACUCAACAAGGUCAGGAUUUUCUCCCAGAGCUUGCUAGGCGGUCACUUCCUCUCUCCCUGCCUCCCCAACACCAACCUCCAAGCCAGAGCCCCAGCUCCUUAGCCUGGUGGAGACAGGCUCCUGUCCCCGCAGCCUGUCCCACCCCAACUUCAUUGCCCAUCUCUCCCUCAUGCUCAGGUCCAACUGAACCAUUACCAUUCUUUGAUCAUACCAUGUCCUCUCUCUCUCUUUUUACACAUGCUGUUCCCUCUGGCUGGGAUGCCCUUCCCAUUCAGGGCAGAAAUCCCCCAACCCAGCUCCCUGGCUCACUAAACAUUCCUGAGCAUCCUUCAAGCAUCAGCUUACAUCCAUCCUUUCUGCUAAACAUCCCUGCUCAAGGUGCCCAGGACAGCAGCACCAUGUAGCACCAUACACAGAUACUGAGUAUGUACCUGCUGUGUGCGCCACCCUGUGAUGGGCACCCAGGGAGGCUGCUGUCGAGCUGUGGGGUGAGUGGGGAGUAGAAAAUACACAAGAAGCAACCUGAGAAUCAUCUUAAAGUUGGGGGCGGGAGGGCUGGAGCAGAAGUGGAAGAAUUUAGGAGGCCACAGCUCUAGUUUCCAUGAUUCCCUCACUGACUGGAUAAUGAACAAGUCUCUUAACCCCUUUGAACCUCAGUAGUCUCAUCUUCAAAACAGGGCUUAUAAUACCAUGUCUACCCAUAGGCAGGGGCAGAGACAAGAUGACCUCUUGAAGAACCCAAAGUGUUUUAAACCAUAUGAUGUGUUUUUAUGUUGCUUCAGCAGAGCAAACAAACUCUGGGGCGAGGGAAGGCCUCCUGGUGGAAGCUAUGUUGCACAUGAGGGAAUUAUAUCCCGAGAGGCAGCGUGGUACAGGAGUUAGGGUUUUAGAGCCAGCUCUAUACUGGCCUAUAAGUGUGUCACUGAGCAAGUGACUUAACCUCUCAGGGCCUCAGUUUUCUCAUCUGUAAAAUAGGAGAUAAUAGGACCCACAGUAGGGUUUUGGGGAGGUUUGCAUGAGUUGGCUUAUGUAAAGUGAUUGACACCGUGCCCUGUUUGCAGGACCAGCUCUAUGAAUGUUAACCUUGUUCCCCUUCAUGAAACCCUUUCAGGAUCAAAUCCAGCUCCUACCAGGCCUUCGCGUUCUGGCCUCUGCCUCCUCGUCUCUUCUCUCCACACCCGGCAUCCCUGCCCCUACCACCAGGAGGGCAUACAGCCGACCCCACCACACCCAUCUCCCCACACAGGGCCCUCCCACAGGCUGGCUCCUCUCCCUGAAACUUGCUGCUCCUCCCACCCCCAGAAUUGGGCCUGGCCAGCCCCAAUCACUUUACCAUACACCCUGUUCACUCUUGUCUCCCCCAGUUGGGUGUCAGUUUCAUGAGGGAAGGGACCACUAUGUCUUGUUCAGCUGUGUAAUUCUAGGGCCUAGAAUAGGGGCUGGUGUUUAGUAGAUGCUUGAUUUAUGUUCGUUGGAGAAAUGAAUGAAUGAAUGAAUGAAUGAGGAAUUAAUCAAGCUUGAACCGUCGAGGGAGAGGGGAUACCACUAGGUAAGGCCCCACUGCCCAGGCCACCUCCCUGGGUUCCUGCAGGGCCUUGGUCAGUGUGGAGAUGUGACUCUGAGGGAUCUGGUUGGACCCUGGGGGUGGGGCCGGUGGGGGUUCAGGUAAUGGGCAUCUUAAAGAAAGCUCAAUCUGCUGAUCCCCUCAGCAAACAGCACCUGAAGGCCCGGGCUGGACAAGGGCAGAGUGAGGAACCCGGGCCAGGACUCUGACCGGAGGCAUUGACAGCCCUUCCUACUGGAGCCAGAGGCCAUCUGGCCUGGACAGAGGGGCCUCCACAGGCCCUGGCUCCGUCCCAACCUAGGCAGCCUCCCCACUGCUGAUUUGCGUCACUGGCCUGCCCGAGGUAUGCUACACCCUUCUGCCAGACUGAGGGGAGGGCUGGACAGAAAGGCCUCUCGACCCCCUUCACUCCCCCAGACUAGGGGACAGGGGAACGCCUCUCUCCCAGGAACUUGCAGUCAAGGUGGCUCUGAGGACACUGGACUAGAGGCCCCUGUGGCAGGGCUGAGGCCUACCGGCAAGGAGAGGACUCUACAGGGAGAGAGUCUAUGGAAGGAAGUCCCCCGCACCUUACAGCGCUGUCCACGUCCAAACACCAUAGAUUCAGAAAAGGUUGAGUCUGACUCCAACCUCACUGCUCUACCCAACGGAACAGAGAACAUUCUAUCUAUAUUCAGAGAACUUUCUAGCUAUAAAGUGGGGAGAAUAACUACCUACUUCAGGGGGCUGCGCUUAGGAUUAAACUUCACUGGCAAGGAGCUGAGCCUGGGUGGGCUCCAGGAAUCUUGUAGUUCUGUUGCUGCUGCUGCUCUGUGAUGGCCCCAUGUCCCCUGCUCCUGCCAUAACCUCAGAGCCAGGCUCCUCUCUUAGCUGCAGGCUUGGCCUCACUUUGCCAGUCCCUUUCCUAGGGACUGGGCCGAAUCCAGGUGGUUGGACCAAGCUGCCACCUGUCAGAGGUACACAAGGCUGGCAGCCCCCACCUGAAUGCCAGAGGAACACAGGGUAUUGAUCGUGUGUAUGUACACACACGUACACACACCUACACACAUGCCCACAUCCAUCAGGCACACAUGCACAUACACACGUGUACCUUUACACCCUGCACACAUGCAUGUGCACACUCAUGCCCAAGCAUAUAUAUACUGAACACUAGCACAUACCUGUGCACACCCUACAGGCACACGCACACACACCCACACAAACACACACGUAUGUGCAAGGGGACCACCAAGUGGGGCUUUCUUUAAGAUGCCUAUUACCUGAGCCCCCACUGGCCCCUCACUCUCCACCCCCAGGGUCUGACCAGAGAGCCCUCAGUGUCACAUCUUCACGCUGACCAAGAUCCUUCAGGGAGCUGGGGCCUUACCUCACGGUGUCCCUCUUCCUCUACGGUUCCGGCUGGAUGUAUUACUGGGCUCAGACCUUUGCUGCUGUUUCCUUCAGACUCAGCCCUUUCCCUCCGGUCCCUGCACCUGUGGGAACGGAAUGCCGAUGCCUGGUUUUCCUGCCCCAGAGGGCAGAGCAGCCCUUGUGUGGUGGUGUAGACACUGAGACACAGCACUCGGACCGCUCUUGAGGAGGGAGGUGGCCCACAGCCUCCUCCAGGGGCCGCCUCAGCUUUCCAGCCCAAUUGGCUCUUUAGGGCGAUAGGGGACAUUGAGGGCCAGCUAAUGACAAAGCAAGAUAGUGGGACGAGGGCCUGGCAUCUCCCUUCUCUUCCUUUAACAGGCGGUGUUUGAUCCCAGCCCCCCUGGGCUGGCAGAGACGGUAGUAAGCCUACAUCCCAGUC